AGUUCCAUUCUGCAUAGGCCUGACUCAGAAUCACUGUGGAAGCGUCAAGAGCAUCCUGAGGGUCACGUAUACUUCACGAAGAUAAUAAAUAAUAUACGCUACCACACUGACCAUUGGAUGGACGAUUCGGCUGCUUCACGAGAUCUCGAUGCAUUUGCUGACAUGUUGCGGUCUGAGCUAUCAAUAUCACAAGGUCUACCGACAGAUACCGAGGUAGUCCUAUACCUGUGCCAAAAUGAACGAGACGAGACGGAAUGCUUGUAUUACCUCGUCAGCGAGACAACACGCUCCGUCUUUUGGUUGGACGAAGUGGACUCAGCUCUGAUUAGCGGCGACGCUCGGCCUAUAAGCGACCUAUUCUAUCUCAAUGUUACGACGUCUACCACAUCAACAUCUUCUUGGGAUUAUGACGACCUGCAGAAGAUAUCAACGGCCACGCGGAACAUUGAAGUUGACUCUGGGGCUCCUUCGAUGUGGGUGUUAGCCUGGGAUCGCUUUGUAAACAUGCAUGGUGAACGUGAAGCCCGCCUAGAGCGGCAUAGGAGUACGUACGAGCAAUCUACUCGUAAACCCUCGCGACUGCUGCGAUGGGUAUCCCCUCUGUUCUUCAAUCUACCGCUCCAGUAUCUCGGUGAGCUACAAAAAAUCUGGGUAGACCGAACGGUGAACUAUCAGCCAUGGAAAGCCUUCAUCACUAAUCUUCAAAAAGAUUGGGAGACCUCCAUCACCCCCGCAACUGUAUUGUUGACCGCCAACGUCGGGUUACUGGCUAUCCAAAGUAUCGACACGAACCAUUCGGACCGGAGUAUGGCGCAAAUUGCGAGCUAUAUAUCCACAUUCCUCAGCCUCGGCAACAUCAUCUUGUGUACUAUUCUCUCUCGGGAACACCGCUUGGAUGCGCACAUGACUGCAGAAUCGGCGUCAAAUUAUCUUGACGGCAGAGCGAAUAUGCGGUAUGGUCUAGAGAUUGUGGCCAUCUCUUUCAGUUUGCCAAGCGUACUGUUUCUCUGGGGGAUGGGGGCCUUCUACAUCGCGAUCACAUGGGUCUGCUUAGCAGGGACAGGCUUAUGGACUCGCCUGCUCAGCGGGUUCAUCUUCGCCAUCGUCUCACUCUGCAUCUUGCUCACUGUCGUUUUCGACUUGUGGUCGGCGCAGAGCCUCCAGGACAAGGUCCCGCAGCUGUUCGACUGUUUCAGCAAUCCUCGUCAAACCAUGCGAAGCGCUUCCAGAUCUGUCUUUGGCGCGUUUUCCGCCUUUGGAAAGACACGCCGUACCGUGCGCUGCUGUGCGCCAAGGCGGAGGAAACGAGCGACCACGGACGACGAACUUGAAAGUCAGAUCCCAAGGAACUAGGUAUCUACCGAUGCAGCAGAGAAGCGGAGCCAUCUCAGCACGAUAUUCAUGUCUUCCUUUCGCCAGUAUUUUAUACACAGCCCGGUUGGCUGUCGGCAUGCUAAAUUAAUAUUAAUUAUGUUGCAGAC